CAGAAUGACAAUACAAACAUUAUAUUGUACACGGUAGUAAUGAUAAAAUUUAUUCUAAUCAGGAAUAGUCUUGCGAAAGUGGUAGUGAAGUGAUAAAUUCAUAAUAAAAAAUGGAAAAUGAUAAAUUAAAGUUAUCGGCUUUGGGGAUACAAUGUCUCGCUACUGUAUGCAUUUCAUAUAUGGGAAGUCUAACCGGUUUUGUUUGCGCGUGGCCAUCUUAUACUGUAGCAAAUUUCACAUCCAACACCACAGUGCUCGAUAGACAAAUGAAUUCCAUGGACAUAUCUCUGCUAGGUGGUCUUCCUAAUUUGGGUGGAUUACUGGCAACGCCCUUUUGUGGAUAUGCAUUCAACACUCUCGGAAGAAAAUAUGCCACGAUUAUGUUCGGUUUGCCUUACAUAAUAGCCUGGGUGAUCGUCGCAUUAACUAAAAGCGUACCUAUGAUCCUUAUUGCUUCAACAAUAGCAGGGAUCGGCAUAGCGGGCCAGAAUAUUUCUUUAAUAUUCAUAGCAGAAAUAUCACAUGACUCGAUCAGAGGAGGUCUGACGGCCUGUUCUGCAUCAGGAUACUUCUUUGGAAUAUUGAUGUCUUACAUACUUGGAGGAUAUCUGACUUACUACCAAGUUGUUUAUGCGCAUUUAAUACUCACUAUAAUUUGCGUAUUAACUCUAUACUUGCUGAAAGAAUCACCGGUUUAUUUGGUCUUAGUUGGCAAAGAAGAGGAAGCCGCCAAGUCAAUUGCAUUUUAUAACCGAGUGGAUGUGACAUCAAAAAUUGUUGAAAUGAAUAUAAGAAAAAUUAAAAUACAACUUGAUCCACGAUUAGAAAAAAUAUUAGAGAAUGAAAAAGAUGUGGAGUUCACGGAAGAACUGCUCAAUGCAAAACUAGGUGAAAUAGUUAAUAAACGAAAAGAAUCAUCCUGGAAAAUUUUUAAAAAAUCGAAGUCCUCUAAACGAGCAUUAAGCACAGUUCUAAUACUCAUUGCGGCUACCAUUAUGAUGGGUUCCGUGGUCCUCCAAGUCUACGCGGAGCCACUGUUCAAAGAAGCGGUUCCUACCAUGUCAUCAAACUUGUGCGCUAUAUUCUUGGCUGUGGACUUCCUGGUAGCCAGUAUCGUGUGUGUGCUAAUUAUUGAUAAGUUUGGUAGAAAGCUUCAUCUACACCGUUGGUUGCGCUGUCAUACCGUUUGUUUUAUCGGCCGAAGUGUUUUUACCCGAGGUCCGCGGUUUCUGCAGCAGUAUUGUCAUGAGUUUCGUGUGGAUUGUAAACUUCUUGACAUUAUUCAUCUUCAAUCCAUUGGUGAACACCAUCGGUCUGGGCCCUGUGUUCUACUGCUUCUCUGUCGUUUGCUUCUUGGGAACAGUGUAUACAUUACUUAAACUGCCUGAGACAAAAGGUUUAUCUGCUGAUGCAAUACAAGGGCUGUUCCUCAAGAGGUAGGCCGCUGUUGUUUGUAAAUAAAUUGAAGAUAUUUCAAAAUAGGAGUGGGCGAUAUAAAUCGUAUAUAGAUAUUAAAACGUAUAUUGUAUCAAUAUCGUAAUAUCCGAUAUCGAUGCGAACCGAAACUAUAUAUUUUUUGGAUCACUAUAUUGCUGCAUCUAUACGAUACGUCAGAUUCGGUAUUUCAUUCGAUUUCCGAUAUUUAUAGAUAUGGAAUACG